AUGGCCUCCCGUCCCGCCCCCGCCUCUCCUGCACCUGCAGUCGCUGCUUCCCUCGCCCUCCUCCACCUUUCUCUAGUCUCCCUCCUAGCUGCUUACCUCGCCAGCAAUGGCAAGCCACGACCUCCCCUCCUCCUCCGCCUCUCCUGCACCCGCACUAGCUGCUUCCUCACCCUCUCCGCCUUUCUCCCAUCUCCCUCCCAACUGCUCACCUCGCCUGCUAUGGCAAGCCACGCCCCCCCCCCACCCCGCCUCCGCCUCUCCUGCACCUGCACUCGGUUUCUUCCUCACCCUCCUCUGCCUUUCUCCAGACUCCCUCCAGCUGCUGACCUCACCAACAAUGGCGAGCCACGGCAUCCCCUCCUCUUCCUCUCCUGCACCUGCACUCGCUGCUUCCUCCACCCUCCUCCCCCUUUCUCCAGACUCCCUCCCUGCUGCUCACCUCGCCUGCAAUUGGCAGGGCACGACCUCCCCUCCGCCUCUGCCUCUCCUGCACCUGCACUCGCGGCUUCCUCACCCUCCUCCGCCUUUCUCCUGUCUCCCUCCCAGCUGCUCACCUCGCCUGCAAUGGCAAGCCACGGCCUCCCCUCUGCCAUGGCUCCACCUGCUCUUGCCGCUGCGUUCUGUCGCAUGGUGGCACGGGCACACGUUCGGAGGCAGCAGAUCGAUUGCUCUGAAAUUACGCAACGACAAAAAGAUUGGGCUGUGAGGGUCAUCACCGCUAUAGAUUCAUUCCCGGAUGUGGAUGAUGGUCUAAAGGCGAGUCAUGAGUAA